UGAAAGUGCUUCCUGCACUACUUGCUCUUCUUCCUAAAAUACCUGCGAGUCUGUGCGGUGCAUGUUUUUUUCCUGCUAGACAAUGAACGACUGGGCCCCUAUAGCAAAGGAGUAUGACCCCCUCAAAGCCGGGAGCAUUGAUGGCACAGAUGAAGAGCCCCACGACCGUGCCAUAUGGAGGGCUAUGUUGGCACGCUAUGUACCCAACAAGGGAGUCACAGGAGAUCCUCACCUCACCCUGUUCGUAGCAAGGCUCAAUCUUCAGACGACAGAAGAGAAGUUAAAGGAGGUCUUUUCCCGGUAUGGAGACAUCAGAAAGAUCCGUCUGGUUCGAGACCUGGUCACAGGUUUUUCCAAGGGUUACGCAUUUAUUGAGUACAAAGAGGAGCGUGCUCUCUUGAAGGCCCACAGAGAUGCCAACAGGCUGGUUAUUGAUCAACAUGAGAUCUUCGUAGACUUUGAACUAGAAAGAACUCUCAAAGGAUGGAUUCCUCGGCGUCUUGGAGGUGGUUUUGGAGGCAAAAAAGAAUCCGGACAGCUACGGUUUGGAGGACGGGACAGACCUUUCCGAAAGCCGAUCAAUUUGCCCAACAUGAAAAAUGAUUUCUAUGGCGAAGGAUCAGCAGAGAAAAGAAACUGGUCUCGUGAGGGAACAAGGGACUGGAGAACAAGGGACCGAGACCAUGAAAGGAGCAGAGACAAGCGAUGGCCAGAAAGGGAGCGGUCGUGGACUUGGGGUGAAAGUGAGAGAGAGAGGGACUCCAAAGAGGAGAGGAGCAGAGGGAGGGAGAGGAAGGACAGAGAGAGGAAGGACAGGGAUAGAGACCGGAGCAGGGAAAGAAAAAGAGAUGAUGAUAAGCACCGAUAG